AUGUUAUUAGUUACUAGUGGCGCUGUUGCACUUGAUCGACAAGUUCUAUGUAAAGAAGCCAUGAUGACAAUGACAAUGAGAAGAUCACUUUCACCAAAAGAUAUUUUAGAAAAUAGUCGUGUAGCUAUUCAAAGACAAACAUAUGCGGCUUUUGGACAAAAAGGUCUUAUGUCAUUUUAUGAACGAAUUAGAAAAAAUUUACAAGCUACACUUAAUGAAUUACUUAAUCUAAAUAUAAUAUCUAUUUUAAAUACAAAUGAUGUUGUUGCACCAUGCACAGAUAUGGAUGCUGAAGUAACAGCAGCAAAAGAUGAAAUUGUUAUUAAUGAUAAUGAUUCAUUAGCAACACAUUUAGCUGUUUUAAUAUCAGCUGAUUUAUUAUUAAUCAUGAGUGAUGUUAAUGGUUUAUAUACAGGACCAUCUGAAUUAGAAGGUUCAAGAUUUUUAAAUACAUUUUGUCCAAAACAAGAUUCACAAUUAAUUACUUUUGGUGCUCGAUCAAAAGUCGGUACAGGUGGAAUGGAAUCAAAAGUUAAAUGUGCGUCAUGGGCACUUGAUCAUGAGGUUGGCGUUGUUAUAACAAAUGGACAAAUAGAUAAAGCUAUUUUAAAUAUAAUUGAUACAAAAAAAAUUGGAACAGUUUUUAGAAAAGUACCUAAUCAAUUAUUACCAGUUGAUGUUCAAGCUACAAAAGCUCGUGAUGGUAGUCGACUCUUACAAAAAUUAUCAAGUGAUCAGCGUAAAGCAAUAAUUGAUAAAAUUGCAUUAAGUUUAAAUGAAUAUUCAAAAGACAUUCUUCAAGCUAAUGAACAGGAUUUAGAACAAGCAAAAAAAGGAGGGCAAGUUGUUCAUCGAACACGUUUUGCAGAUGGUUUAAUGUUAAAACAAAUUACAACACCCAUCAGUGUUCUUCUGGUUAUAUUUGAAUCACGUCCAGAUAGUUUACCACAAAUAGCUGCUCUAUCAAUAUGUUCUGGUAAUGGUCUUUUAUUAAAAGAUGGUUCAGACGCUAAAUAUUCAAAUGAAAUAUUAACACAAAUCAUACAAGAUGCCCUUGAAACUUAUGUUUCACGUGAAAUAGUUGCUCUGGGUAAAUAUUAUUUUCCUAGUAUUAAUACACGUGAACAAGUAUCAGAUUUUCUUCACUUAAGAAAAUAUAAUGAUCUUGUUAUUCCACGUAGUUCAAAUGAACUUGUUCGUUCAGUACAAAAACAAAGCGUUCAUAUACCUGUGUUAGGUCAUGCCGAAGGUCUUUGCCAUGUAUAUGUUGAUAAAGAUGCAAAUUUGGAUAUGGCUUUACGUAUUGUACGAGAUUCGAAAUGUGAUUAUCCAAGUGCUUGUAAUGCAAUGGAAACUUUACUUAUUCAUAAAGAUCUUAUUCGACCACCAUUUUUUGAAUCAUUAAUUGAUUUAUUACGUCUUGAAAAGGUGAACGUCUAUUCAGGCCCAUGUUUAUCAGUUAUGAUUCCAUUUCCACCACCAUCGGCAACAUCAUUACUUGUUGAAUAUGGUGAUUUACAAUGUGCUAUUGAAGUUGUUGACAAUGUUCAAGAUGCUAUCGAACAUAUUAAUAAAUUUAGUUCAAAUCAUACAGAUUCAAUUGUGAAAGAGAAUCAAAAUGCAGCCAAUGAUUUCCUUAGUAAAGUUGACAGUACAUGUGUUUUUCAUAAUGUUAGUACACGUUUUUCAGAUGGUUACCGAUUUGGUUUAGGUGCUGAAGUUGGUAUAAGUACAGGACGUAUACAUUCUCGUGGCUCUGUUGGUAUUGAAGGUCAUGGUGAUGUUGUUGCAGAUUUUAAUGAAGGUCGUAAAAAAUUUGUUCAUGAAUAA